AUGCGGCGAGACUCGUCUCGGGAGCGCCUGUUCUUCCUGCUAGUGCUAGCGGGGACGCUGCUGCUGCUGUCGGCACUGAUGCUGCGUCACGAGAGUGCCGCGCUGCCCACACGCACGUUCCGCGACGGCUUCACGGUGGCUGAGGACGUCGUUCGCCGAACCGAGAUAACUGAGGACGGGGACGAGAUCACCAUCAAGCGGGCGGCCACAUCCAAGGGCAACAAGAUCACGACUAUAUCUCGGGACGAGAAGGGGAAGCUUACGAUCGAGGACACGACUGCCGAAGAAGAGCGACAGGUAGAAGCAGAGAACGUGAGCAAUCAAACACAGGAGGGAAAGAAGCAGGAUACACAGCUCGAAGGUAUCCCUGCAGAAUCUCCCAGUGCAAUCUACAAGGAGGAUACAAGUACUACAGAAGCAGUCAUGGUGGACAGCGGCAAGAAAGUGACGAUCAUGCAGGUGAACCGGUCGCUGGCCAAAGUGAGUCUGUCUGGUGUAGAGGAGAACGCUGAUGAGAAAGCCACGAGGUAG